AUGGUUUUAACGCGUCAAUUCACAUCAAUAUCGGCUGAUAUAGCUUACGCAAGAAUGCAAAGUUUUAGCGAAUGGCCCAACUCGUUACCAAUAAAGGCUGUACAACUGUUUGUUGCUGGAUUUUUUUAUACAAGAUUAUCUGACAAAGUUAUAUGCCAUGCCUGUGGUUUAGUUGUAAGCGAUUGGAAGAAAGGUGAUAUUCCUAUUAAUAAACAUAGACCAAAGUGUACUUUCCUGGUUGUUUUUAAUGAAUUACAAAAAUUACAUUCUUACGAGGAGAGAUUAAAAAGUUUUAAACAAUGGCACAAUAAACCAUCAAAGGUUAAUCCUUCUCUGUAUGCUAGAAAAGGUUUUUACUAUUCGAUUGACGACGGUUUGAGAUACAUUACUUUUAAGGAUGUUUCUCUUUACCAAGUAAGACUUGAAUCUUUUAAAGAGCGACCCAAGCAGACGCAUCCUCUUAAAAUUGUAAACGAAAAAGCUGCGGCUAAAGAAGGGCUUUUGUAUUCAGGUUUAGAUGAUAGAAUUAUUCUCCUGUCAAUAUGUGACAUUUUGUUAGUAGACAAUAGUUAUCGUGACACGGAUGACCGACUUUUGUUUAAAAUGGCGUGGUCUUUAAUACCUUCUAACAAAACAUAUGUACGGAAAUUCAACGCCCAUCUACACACAUAUAAACUUUCGUAUGACAAGACCAGAAUAGUGGGCGGGGAUUUGGAGUUGGAAACCGAGCGUCUACAAAAAACACUACUGGAUGGUUUAAAUAUUUCUAAAAAACAAGCAGAUUACGUAAAAGGCGAUAAAAUUAGAAUUAUUGCUCAAAAUCCUAGCUUUAAUAAUUCAAUAUCUACGGAAACUAGUACUAAUGUAAAUUUUGAUAAUUUGUUGGACCAAAUUGAAAAUAUUGUCACAUCUGACCAAAAAGUUGACAUUAAUCAAACGAUUUUUGAUAUACAAAUUUUUAAAGUUCCUCGGGGUUUGGGUAAAAACAAAAUUUUAAAUUUAGCCACAGAUAGACGUACCAAGCGUAGCAUUACAGUGAUUAAAAAUACCGAUAAUUUAUGUGUACCCAGAGCAAUAGUAACGGCUUUAAGUUACCACACAGACAAUAUAUUAGGAUUUAAAUUUACUUCUAAUGAUAUUAAGCAAAUAAGAAUAGGAAGAAAAAUACAAAAAAAAGUUGCAGUUAAACUAUGUAAUCUUUUGGGUGGGGAUUACGAGCACGGAUUUACAUUGGAAGAUAUUAAAAACGCAGAAAUAUUAUUGAACGUCCAAAUUAAAAUUAUUUGUGCAGAUAAUUUUAAUACAGUUAUUUAUGAAGGCUGUGAUAGUCCAACAAAGUUAUAUUUAUAUAAAAAUAAAAAUCAUUUUGAUGUAAUUAAUAGUAUGGCCGCCUUUUAUGGUAGUGGUUAUUAUUGUAAAAAAUGUGACACAAAAUACAACAACAAAAACAGACAUAGAUGCAAAAAAACUGUCAUAUGUUCGUUGUGUAAACAUCCUAAACACGAUCUUGCCACCAAAAAUAAGAUUUAUUGUAAUAAAUGCAACAGAUAUUGUUACAACGAGGACUGUUUAAAUAAUCAUUCGCUUACUUGUGCUGAAACCGUAAAAUGUCCAGGCUGCAACAAAAUAUACACGCGUGGAAAUUUUCAUCAGUGUGGUGUAUCUUUGUGCAGAAAUUGUAUGAGUUACGUAGAGACGGCAAAUCACAAUUGUUUUAUGGUCAGAAGGCAGGCGAAAGGUGGCAUUUGUAAUGUGGCCUGUACUUGCAAUAAACGAGGCAACGACCUAAAUAAAGGCUGCCUUUACAAAAAGUACAUUAAAAAAAACGACAAUGUUUGUGCAGCACCCUGUACAUGUAACGAACGUUCUGACGUAAAAAUUGCAGGAUGUCUUUACAAAAAACCCGUUGAGAAUCCUAUGUGUACAGAACCUUGUACAUGUAAUGGCUUGUCUGACAAAAAAAUAAAACGUUGUACCUUUAACGAAAACUACAUAUUCUUUGAUUUUGAGUGUAUGCAAGAGAGCGGUAUCCAUAUUCCAAAUUUGGUAAUUGCUCACGAUUUUCAGGGUAAUAAAUACACCUUUAAUAACAACACAGAUUUCUGCGAAUGGUUAAUUUCUGAAGAACACAAGAAUUACACGGCUAUAGCACACAAUACAAAAGCCUACGAUUCGUAUUUUAUAUUGAAAUACUGCGUAGAAAACACACUUAAACCCUAUACAAUUUAUAAUGGUUCAAAACUUACACUUUUAGAAAUUCCACAAAUCAAAUUAAAAAUCAUCGAUUCAAGUAGUUUUGUUGCUGGUCCAUUGGCAGCCUUUAGUAAGACUUUCAAUUUAAAAACUACGAAGGGAUAUUUUCCUCAUUAUUUUAACACGCUAGAAAAUCAACAGUAUGUGGGUCCAAUACCUGAUGUUAAUUUCUACGGUCCAAACACCAUGAAAGUUGCCCAAAGAAAGGUUUUUCUUACUUGGCACGCUGAACGAGUAAAUGAAAACUAUAUUUUUGAUUUUCAAAAAGAAAUACACAAAUAUUGCGACGCAGAUGUAGAUCUUUUAAGACAAGGCUGUUUAGUGUUUCGUAAGGAUUUUUUGGACAUUGCAAAUCUAGAUCCUUUUUGUUAUUUGACAAUAGCUAGUGUUUGCAUGGCAAUUUUUCGAUCAAAAUACUUACCUAAAAAUACAAUAGCUGUAGUAGACACGGAAAAAAAAGAUACGUUUAGCCAAGUAUCCCUCACAUGGCUCAAUCAAUUCCCCGAUGUUCAACAUGCUUUAAAUAAGGGAGAAGUUGUCAUCUGUGGAGCAAAAGUGGAUGGUUACGAUGCCAAAACAAAUACGGUGUACCAAUAUCACGGUUGCUUUUGGCACGGUUGCCCUAAAUGCUUUGACCCUUUAACAACUAACACUGUAAAUCACGAGACAAUGGACGAUCUGUUUGAAAACACGCAAAGGCGUAGCCAACAAAUAAAAGACGCCGGGUACAAUUUAGUCGAAAUGUGGGAGUGUACUUGGUUAAACUCCAAGGAAUUUAAAACCGCUGAACCCGUGCACUUUGUUGAGCCUCUAAAUCCUCGUGAAUCAUUUUUCGGGGGUAGAACCAACGCCUCCAAAUUAAAAGUUAACGGAAAAAAAUGUUACUAUAUAGAUGUUGUUUCUUUGUAUCCUACUGUUCAAUAUUACGACCCUUUCCCGGUAGGACACCCUACAAAAAUUUACGCCCCUACAGAGUACAACUCUGAGUGGUUUGGAUUCUUUAAAGGCGAACUUCUAACACCUAGAGGUCUUUAUCAUCCGGUAAUUCCCUGUAGAUUAAAUAAUAAGUUAAUGUUUGCUCUUUGUCGCACAUGUAUGGCGGAAGAGACCAAAGUGUGUACUCAUACCAAUGAAGAGCGUUCUUUAAAAGGCACCUGGACCACCUUAGAAAUUAAUAAAGCUCUUGAAAAAGGUUACGAAAUCAUUAAAAUUGACGAGAUUUGGCAUUUUCCUCAAAAAUCUUCGAAUCUAUUUAAGGAGUACAUUAGGGAUUUUAUGAAAAUAAAAUUAGAGACCAGCCCUCACAGCUUUGAGUCUAAUGAGGCAUAUGCUAAAGCAGUUAAAGAACAAAUGGGUAUCGAUCUCGAUCUCAAUAAAAUCGCACCAAAUCCAGGAAAACGCUCUGUAGCUAAAAUAUGCCUUAAUUCAUUUUGGGGAAAAUUUGGUCAAAGACACAAUAUCUAUCAAACAGAGUACGUCGUGGAUAUUAAAAAAUGGCACAAUAUAUUACUGGAUGAUAAAAUAAAUAUUUCAAAUUGCUUAUUUAUUAAUGAUAACAUGGUUCAGGUCACUUAUAAAUACAAAGAUUUGUUUUACGAGGAUUCUACCUCAACUAACAUUUUUAUAGCCUCGUUUACGACUUCAAAUGCUCGUUUAAGAUUAUACAAUAUGAUAGAUCAAUUAGGCGAAAACGUUGUCUAUUACGAUACGGACAGUAUUGUUUAUAUUGGUGACGACCAAAAUACUGUACAAACGGGUGAGAUGCUGGGUGACUGGUGUAAUGAACUGGAUACAGAUGAUUACAUAGUCGAUUGGGUAUCUACAGGUCCUAAAAGUUAUUAUUACAAAACGUUAAAGGGAAAAGAGGUAACGAAAAUUAAAGGCUUUACUUUAAAUUACGAGAACACACAAACCCUCAAUAGCGAAAGUAUGAAAAAAAUUGUCGACGCUUCUAUAUCUGCGUAUAAAUUAAACAUCGAUGACGACGUUUCUGAGGUUAAAUUAAAAUAUGACCAAAUUGCACGAGAUACUACAACAAAAGAUAUUGUUACCAAAAAACGUGUAUCAAAAACCUUUAGAAUGGACUACAAAAAGCGUAGAGUUGUACUUGACGGUAAUGAUGAUGAUAAUAUUAUCGAUACACUUCCUUGGGGAUUUUAA